AGGAUUACAGAGCUAUUGUUUUCACUCCUGCUAAAUAAGACAGUACUCUUAAAAUGGAUCGCCACUUGACCUUUCAUGUCUCAUCAGUCCGCGAUUGUAUUUAACUGAUGCAGGGAGGCAACAGUUCCCCCUUGGACCUGUCCCUGGUUGAUAUGACGAUCGCUCUUGCUGGGUCACACAAUGCAUAGAAGGCAUAAACCCAGCGCUCCAGAACACAAGAGGGAUUUUGCAACUCUGUCUGUGCCCCACAGUGAGGCACGCUCUUUUUUCAACUUCUCCCAGCUCGUACUCUCUGCUGGCCAUCUCAGAUCGCCACCGGUUCUCAAACAUUCAAAAGUUACUUACUUUGAAGUGGAAAUCCUUGACGUGCAAAGCAAGAAGCAGAUCUGCAUUGUGGACAAGGUACCUCCAUCAUCUACCCUUCUUGAUGUGAAACACAAAUUUCACAAAGCAUGUCCCCAGUGGUACCCUUCCCGUGUUGGCCUACAACUGGAACGCAAUGGGCCCUAUCUGAAGGAUUCCAUUAGCAUUCAAAGCCUUGCUGUUUCUUCCAUCAUCACGCUGUAUUUUACAGACCUGGGGCAGCAGGUCAGUUGGACCACAUUUUUUCUAACAGAAUACACCGGGCCUCUUCUAAUAUACCUGCUCUUCUACAUUCGCCUCUCGACUAUUUACGAUCAAGCGGAAAGCACGAAGAACUUCCGCCACCCAGUGGUUCACUUGGCCUGCUUCUGCCAUUGUUUACACUAUACCAGACAUCUUCUGGAGACGUUAUUUGUUCACAAGUUUUCCGGAGAGCACACUCCUCUGAAAAAUAUGAUAAAGGGCUGUGCCUUUUACUGGGGAUUCACUUCCUGGAUUGCGUACUACAUCAACCACCCACGGUACACACCACCAUCAUUUGGCCACAGACAAGUUUCUUUUGCUGCCCUUGCUUUUCUGAUGUGUGAAGCUGGAAAUCACUUUAUCAAUGUAGCUUUAGCUCAGCAAAAUCAUUCAGGAAGUAAAGCCUGUUUUCCGAGUCCUACCUACAACCCCUUCACGUGGCUCUUCUUGCUGGUAUCCUGUCCCAACUACACGUACGAGAUCGGCUCCUGGAUUAGUUUCACAGUGAUGACGCAAACGCUGCCCGUUGGCAUUUUUGCUUUCGUGAUGGUCAUCCAGAUGUCUCUCUGGGCCAAAAAGAAGCACAAGCUGUAUCUGAAGAGAUUUUAUCCAGAGGUGCGCAGAAAAGCAGCUAUGAUUCCCAUCAUCUUCUGAGCUCUUCACAAGAGUUGAAACCUAAAUGCAUAGUUCAACAACUGACUCUGAAAAUAAAUGAGCCAUUUUGUUCAAUAAUCAAAGUCGGUCUGAGGAAGAGCUCCUGCGUAUCUUUUUCAGAAAAUUAACAGAUCAAAACGAAGAGCUUUUAAUUAAGUGAAGAGAAUGUGGCUCUUGAAUUCUUGGUUCCUGCUAAAAGAUAUGAUUUAAUUAGAUUUUGUGUAAUGGAGCUAAUUGGGAAGGGACAGGAAAAUUGCUCAUGUUGAAUGUUUUAGGAUAGAUAUUUAGCUGGUAUAAAUAAGCACAGAUUUUCUUAAAAUUAACAGAGUAUGGCUCAUCUGCAGGCAUUCAGGUCUGCUGAGUUUAAGAUUCAAUGUUAGGUGGUGACCAGAUUCUCUGCUUUUUGCAGCAGAAGAUGUUUCAUAGACUUAUUUUCAUUAAGCUGCAGAGAAACAGCACGUUCUGCUUCAGCUCCUCUAAAGCAUCACAUCAAAGAAUGACUGGUGUGCUGUUAACGCAGUCUAAUACAGCUUUACAAGGUUUUCCUUUCUUUUUUUAUUUAAUUGAAUCUGAUAGCAAGCUGUUCGAUACAAAUUGGCUUAAAGUGAUCACCGCAGAGAGGUCUGCUUUUCUUUUAUUUUCAAGUAGGUCUUGAAAAUAAGCCUCAUGGUCGCAGGAGAGGCCUGGGAGCGAGGUGCUUCCCAUCUUGCCACUAAUUUGCUGUGUUGCCUUGGGGACGUCACCUCUGCGCAAAACGAGCCCUCCAUCCCCCCGUUCCCACUCUGAACAGCUCCAGAAGCAGCAGGCGGCUUUCCGAGGCGAGCGGCACGUUAUGGUCCUCUUGCCCGGCAUCGCUCGCCUUAGCAGCCCCAUCGGCGGGCACGAGGUGCCCCCGCGCAGAUGUCGCUCUCAGUGGGGAAAGGGGUCCUGGCAAAAACGCGUUUCCACCCCGGCCUGCAGCGCCUCAGAUGGACACUGCUGAACAGCGUCAGCUCCCCUUCGAUUUGAUCACUUAGCUCUCUCCGCGGUUCCAGGGCGUUAUUUUUUAAGGCAUUUGCUGGGCUUCUUAUUCGAGCCCCUGGAGAUUCUGUUUAGCUCCGUUUGCAAACCAGCAGCACCGUUGUGCAGCAGCACAGUUUGGAGCAAUUUCAGUUACAGAGAGCAAAAGGACUAGAACUGAUUUAGCAAGUAUUAAUGCCUUGACUCCCCAUAUCUUCAGUUCAGUUUUCAUCCUACUUCUGUUGCAUAUCUUUCUUCCCCCGUAGGCCAGCGAAAAAGCUUGCCUGAAGAACUUCAAUCACUAGAGAAAUAGUGAAGUACAAAAGCAGAGCGGGGCAGGUCCUGCCUCCUAAAGGCACUUUUAUCGUAGCGCCAGCUCAAGUGCUCUACCAAAGUUAAUUUGCUCAGUAAAUUGGGUUCACAUCCCUCUUCUAAUAUCUAAUCUAGAGGCUUGCAACACUCACCCAAUUAGCCAGAGGAGCAAUGAGCUACGUUGGCUCAUGGUGGCAGCUACUAGCAAUGUGCAAGUGAACCAGCAGCCACGCCAUGAUUUUUCCUGCCCAAAGAGGCAGAUAAAAUGGGCUUGUAACUAAUAAAUUUGGAAAGACACCGUGAGCAGCACCCAAGGACGCCCCUCCGCCUUGGCCUUACUUUCAGAGCUGUCGACAGUAACCAGGUAGAGCUGUGCAGUGUGACAGGGUUUAGCGACUCCGGUGCGCUUGCAGUAACUCCGUUUCACCUAGGUAAUGUAAAUGAAUCACCUUCCUGAUUUUUUUUUUAACUUCUCACCUGUGAACACCUGGAUUUUCUUUCUUACUCUCAAUGGAAAGCCACAAUAAGCACCCAGCCCCCCAACCCUGACUGUUAAUAAAGAUCUAUUUUAGAAAAA